AUGUAUAAACGGAAUCGAUUUAUCCGCAAUCCGCACGAUAUCGAUGUGUUGCUCGGAUGGGACAAAGAGAACACCUUUGAAAAGAUGGAGCAAAUGUUCUUCUUGGCAGCCAAGGAUCGCAUCACUCGGCCACCACAGAAGAAACAGAAACGAGGACAUGGUUCAAAGAUUUGGAUCAGUGAUCUUACCGACAUCGACAAGAUCUACAAGGCGUCGGAGAUUCGUGACAUUAUCGCCUCGGCCAAUGUGUAA